CGUUUUGCCGCGAGACUAUCACGGACGUUGGUUAGUGGCGGUGAACUUCGUUCUUGAAUUCCUAAUUUUUCUAAAAAGCCACGUGUAUCUGUGGUGGAUUCCAACGUUUUGGAAAAAAGACCAUUGCGAUACAGACAAAGAAAAAGUAAUAAAACGCUUAUCCUCCUGUCGAAAACAUCAUGGGUUUAACACAACUUGCUCUCCUGACGUGUGUGGUCAUUGCGACAGUGACGUGUUCAUCCCAGACGAACUGCCACCAAGGAGGGAACUGUCGUCUGCCCCAGUGCUCCUGUAGCUCCUACAGCAGCCCCCUGCCCGUGAAGGACACUCCGCAGAUCAUCUUCUACGGAUUUGACGACGCCCUCAACGUUCGGAUGGCCCGGCAUUUUCGCAAGUUAUUUCCUUCUGAUCGCAGGAACCCCAACAACUGCCCGAUAUCGAUGUCCCUGUACAUCCAGCACGCCUACACGGACUACAGUCUGGUGAGCGAGUUCUACAAGAAGGGAAUGGAGAUAGGAGUGCACAGUGUGACUCACACCAACAUAGACACAGAGGCGAAACUCGCAGACGAGGCAGAGCGCCAGAAGAAUAACUUGGCCCGACUAGGGAGCGUGCCGAAAGACGAAAUCGUUGGCUGGAGAAGUCCGAACCUAAAGACCGCGGGAGACAAGCAGCCUCCGACGUUGAAGAGACUCGGCUACACCUACGACAUCUCUUUGACAUACACUGUUGGAAAACGGCAUCAGAAGAAACCUUGGCCAUUCACCCUGGACUAUGGUUAUCCUUACAGCUGUCAGAUACAGCCCUGCCCAGGACGAACAGCCAGCCACAAAGGCUUUUGGGAGGUUCCCAUCGUAUCCUUAAUGGACUAUAAGGGAGCCUACCCAUGUGCCUAUGUAGACGGGUGCUACAAUUCGCCGACUACGGAAGACGACGCAUUCCAAUUUCUGUGGAAAAAUUUCGAAGACAACUACCAGACGCGAACACCUCUGGGCUUCAACAUGCACGCGGCAUGGUUCGAAAGACCGCACAAUCUGGCAGCCAUGGACCGGUUUAUAAAAGAAAUGACCAAGAAAGAUGACGUGUAUAUCGUGUCAGUGCAAAAGAUGCUGGAAUGGAUGAAGAACCCAAUCAAACUCUCAGAUUUGCAUAACCUGGAGUCUUGGGGUUGCAAGUCUGCUUAAAAGAUCAAAAGAGAAUGAAGACAUUUUAAAGCAUGUUUUAUCCGGUGGCUAGAAACAUUUUCAAACAAUUGUGUACGGUAACUGACUUUUAUUUUAGUUUCUAACCAAAGUAUAUUUUUGUUUAUGUUUCGUUUAUUAUUUGUUUUAUUAUAUUCUUCUUUUUUUCUAAUUAAUAUUUCUUGCAUUACAUCUAAAGACUGAUUAAUGGUAGAUGGUCUUCUUAAAUUGUUUGAGGAUGCUGAAUUUUACUGUUAUUUUAUUAAUUUUAUCAACCUCUCUUCUUUCUUUUUAACAUAUACGGUAAUUACUUUUUAUCAGAUUUAAAAAAUAAAAGAACAAAAUACAUCAUAAUUAAUUCGUGCAAUAACGACAUAAACAGUUUUAGCCUUCCGCAUUGAGAUGAAAGGUGAGGUGGUGUGGGUGGUGGGUUAGUGAAAAUAAAGAAUGAAAACAGCUUAAGACAACUAAUAAUUAAAUUUACAAAACUAAUUUUCAGAAUAGCCGAAGCAGCAGUUAAACCGUCAUUCGUCAAAUCACCAAACUAUAUUUUAUUAUUAAUCGCCAAAAACCAAUUAAAAAAUCAAACAAAUACGAUUCAUUACAUUUUGUUCGAAUUAGGCUACAGCUGUACUUACUAAAUUCACCAAAUAGCAAAUAAUAUUUGCUAAUAUAAUCUGGGGCCAUCCUGAAAUACUGCUACAAACCUAUAUCUUAAACCCAGGAGAAGUACAACCAAUAUAUAUUUUAAAGUUUUUAAACGUAUAUUCAUCUAAAUGUAAAGGCCAAUUGAUUCUGUUCUGCCUUUUAUAUAUAUAUAUAUAUAUAUGAUAAAGAAACAAUAUUGUGUCUGCUUUUGUCUUAACAAACCUGAAAUGACUAAUUAGUUAUUAAAGCGACAUACCGUAGUUAUAUUUUUGACUAUUAUGGGCGUUUUUGAUAACUGAAAUCAUACUUUACUUAAAUUUUAUGGUUUAUAAUUAUAAAUUUCCAUACAUUCGAAGUGUUUUUGGUCAUCCUGUUGGUUUUGAUAUCACAAAAUGCAUUUCUCAUAUUUUAAAAAACGCACGUGCGUCUGAGAAGAAACUGUUAUGGAGUCGAGUUUUAGUCCGUUUUUAGAUGGUAUUUCACCAUUUCAAAUAAUAUGUGCCCGAAGGCCAUAAACGUUCCCGAAGGAACGUAUAAAAUGAAAAAAUAAAAUAAAUGUCGCAAAAUGUAAGGUGGGUAGUUCUGCCUGGGCCCCCCUUAGAUCCGCCACUGGUCACAAUGUCUUUUUUUACAAGAGUUGAAAUAGUCAAUACUGGUGGAAGGUAUUACAGAUUAAAUCCAGUGUUUAUAUUCUUGCUAUUUUAAUUUAUAUUUUCUUUUUCACGCUGGUAGUUAUAGUUAGUCGUUUCCUGUUAUCAACUGAUUGUCAAUAAAACAUUUUGAUUUGGA